AUGGAAUUCCUUGGUAAAAAAUCCGGAAAUAAAAAUGCUGAACCAUCAACUAAUCCUCAAAAACCGACAAAACAGACUUCGUUAAUAUUAAAUGCUGCGGGAUUUGCAUUUAAUCAACCGAAAUUCAAUAGUCCAGGAAUAAAAUCUUUUUCAGAAAUAUUACAUAACACAAAACCACAUAACCAAACAAUUGAUGAAGGAAGUGAUAGUUCCGAUGAUGAUAAAGAUGAUGACGAAACCGUCGGAAGUGACUCAUCUUCCACAACUAGGGUAGAACAAGUUAAACCAAAAAUUGUACACCAAAACCAAAAUGUAAAUGAUAUUCAAACAAAUAAAAAGCCACUUGCAAAAGUUUCAGCUGCGAAUAUUAUUACGGAUUUUAAUAAAUUUGAAUUCGACUCUCAAUUAAGAAAAUUAGGUGGUAGAGCAGCAAACGUUCAAUCUGAUAUUUCUCCUAGAAACAUAAAGUCAAAUUUAAACACUGAAAAAACUGUUAAAUCUGAUUUUGUAAGUGGACCAACCGCUUAUCCAGCAAGGAUUAAAUCCAACCAAAUGAUGCCAGUUGAAGAACCAAACUAUAAUCGUUCAGAUAUUUGUUCGGAUGUUUCUUGGGGGAGUGAUCCAGGACAACAAAAUCAACAACAACAUCAACAACAUCAACAACAACAACAACACCAACAACACCAACAUCAACAAUCGACUAAUCCAACUGUAAAAGUUAAUCCUAAUUUUAUUAUAGGAAAUCAAAAUUUUCAACAAAAUUAUGCUACCCAUUUUAAAAAUAUACCUAAUAAAAAUGAAUGGGGUACAAAAUCACUGGACUCUCGUUCCGAAAUUAUGUAUAGUGGAACAGAUAAAGUAGUUUCUUCUAGACAUAAUAAUGUGGCUAGAAACCCAAGACUUAAUCCAAAUUUUCCUUCGGGGAAUCCAAAAACCAUGUCAGAUGUAACCUAUCAACCCAAAGAAUUAAGGACAGAUGUUUUACAUUACAAUGAUCCUGAGUGUUUUUCUUACGGGGGAAAUUCUCAUCAACGUAAACCAACUGUUCCAGUAACUGCUCGCAUUCCUUAUUCAAUUGAUGAAAACGAACACAGCCACACUUAUGCUAGAGAUACAAAUCAACAACAUAAGCCUAGAGUUGUUGUUGAACCACAAAGAAAAGUUGUACUUUUUCCUCAGUUGGAUGAAGAAGAUGAGGAACAAGUGGAAUCUGACGAUAAUGAUACGGUACAAAAUGCGGAAGAAGAAAGUGAUAAAGAGAUUGAUGAAUUAUUGAAUAUGACUGAGGAUGAAAGUAUUCAAAGAAAGCUGCUUGAACUUCAUCUUUCUAAUAAAGAUCUUGAAGUUAUAAACAAAUCGCUUGCGGAAAAUAUCAAAGAACAAUCAUUUGAACUUGAAAGUUGUCCUUCCUUUGAUUCAUUGUUAAAAUCUCAGAAUGAACAACUUGAACAUAUUACUAGCCUUGAAAAUACAAUAAAAAAUUUAAUUUCUAAACUAUCAGAUCAAGAAACUCAAAUCAAAAAAAUUAAAGAUGAAAAUAAUGAAAGGUAA